UUGGCGGGCAUGUAAUGCGAAAAACGGUUUAGGGAUUGCUGACUAAACGCAGUUCACUGCACAAUUCUUUGCUUGAGAGGAUACAGACAUACUCGAGUUUGAAAUUGUAUAUUCUGACGUAGUUUCUGUGCAGAGAUUGUCUUUAUUGUCUUCGUUUCAUCUCCGCCAUGUCAAGAUAGAUCUUUCGGUUGGUUGUACAACUACAACAACAACAACACAUCCGGCAAGGCAAACCGCCUAAGUUAAACUGCGAGGAAAGGUCCAAUUUAUCAGCAGUAAUGGACGAGACAAACGCGGCUAACAGCAGGGAAGAAAGAAGGCAGCUAUGGGGUGCACCCCUAAUGGCAGAGUCACCGAUGGUUCGUGAACAAUUUCAGAGUAAAGCAAUCCGCAGAAGAAGUGCAAAUGUCAAUUUACAGAAGUCUAUUCAGCUGCUGAAUGAUGCCGUCGGGACUCCUCCUUCUAAGCAGAGAGGGCUGAGGACACCUGGAGGAGCCAGCGAGCAAGGCAGCAUUCUGCGACACAGCUCUUAUACACCACGCAACAUGUCCCUGUCUCAGAUGGACAUGACUACUGCCCAUGACACUCUGGGUGGGGCCAGUAUGAUGGAUGACACAAUGGGUAUGACCAGUGUCACAAUGCAACUCAGUAUGACACAGGACAUGACAACAACAAAUGUGGCGUUGUUGUUGAAUGAAGAACCGGGAUUGGCUGCCUCCAAGGGGCUUUAUGGGGAUUUUAUGCAGUGUUUUCAGUCCAGCCCCUCGGAGCACCAGGUUUUUGAGCUGAUCCACAAGUAUGAGCAAGUCUGCUCAGACCAGGUCAUGGUGCUCAAAAAGCUUAUCACAGGCAUGGCGCCUGGACAACAACAAUACCAGGCCUGUGAGAUGCUCUCCUUGCUAGAACAGGAAAAGCACACAUGGCAGCUCAUCCACACCUUGUUCAAGGACCGGCUGGAGACUGAGCUGGAGAGAGAGGUCGGCCAGGAGAAAAUGCAACUGGAUCAGCUGGACAAGCACAGGAGUGAGAAGGAUGUGAUAGAAGAAUUGUAUGAGGGAGACCCCAGUGUACGCCAGGUUCAGCUGGUCAUUGAUUGGCUAGAACACUGUGCUGCAGAAGAUCGCAGUAAUGGAGGGAACAUUCAGCAUUUUUUGGACAAAGCUGUAUCAUGGGAAAACACACUGCAUAGAUUACAGACCAAGAAGCCAGCGAUGUCAGGUUAUGAACGGCCUCUAGUGGACCAGCUGGACCCUGAUGCUCCGAUACGACAAAACCGUCAGCUGGAUGACCUGGACAGAGAAGAUGACAAUCGAUUGUUACAACAUUUGUUUGCCUGCAUUCGCUGCGGACAGCUGGAGAGGGCUCAGAAGAUUUGUGUGGAUGCUGGUCAGGCUUGGAGAGCAGCUACACUGGAGGGGUGGAGACUUUAUCAUGACCCUAACUACACAAGCCUAGGUCCGGAGGGAGAGGUGCACCCUGUGGAGGGUAACCCGUACAGAGAUGUGUGGAAGUCGGUCUGCUGGGCACUGGCCAAUGAGCCCAAACUGCACCAGUACGAAAAGGCGACUUACGCAGCUCUGAGUGGCAACCUGAAGGCGCUCCUGCCCGUCUGUCGAACCUGGUCUGAUUACCUGUGGGCUUACCUGAAGGUGAUGUUAGACACGCGUGUGGAGCAGGAGCUGAGGAUUAGCUCUGUGGUGUUCAGGCCACUGGCAGAGUUACCUGCUGAGUACUUAGAGGCCAGAUAUCACCUUGAAGGUAUUUUCCAGGAUAUUGAAGUUGCUCCAAAUGAUAUUGUGAAGAGACAGGCUUCCCAGUGGUAUUGUCAGCUACAGAAACACGUAAUCUUGGGAGAUGUUGAUGGUCUUUUAGAGUUGAUGCAUUCCUGGACAAAAGAUGAGAAGAAGUCCCCACCCCCACAGCUUAUCCGAUUUCUGGCGCAUUUUACUCUUUUCCUUCGUAGUGUGGGUCAAAUAACAAAGGAGGAACUUAGCUAUGGGAUUUUGGAAAAAUAUGUUGAAUUCCUCAUAAGUGACCAGCAGAAAAACCUGAUUGCAACAUAUGUAGCCACACUGCCCCAGGAGUCACAGGUUAAUUGGUAUGCCAGAUUUCUUGAAGAUGUUCAGGAUAAAGAAGACCGUCAGCAUUGCCUGGCCUUAGCCUCUGAAUCUGGCCUGGAUAUCCCACGGAUCACCAAAACUGUGGUAGAGAAUAUCCGCACCAGACAGAUGACAGGACAUGUAUCAGCCGUUGAUACUGAGUUUGACAAGGCCACUACUGAGGAGGACCGUCAGAAAAUCGAAGCCAUGGAUUGGUUGGUGUUUGAUUCGUCCCAGAGGGCCGAGGCACUGAAGCAGGCCAAUGCUGUCAUGAGGGCUUUUAUUGCUUUGUCCAAGCAAAGUGCUGCCCGUGAAGUGAUGGAGAAGUUACCUCCUGACUCUAUAGCUCUUGUCCAGAGGUCCUGGAAACUGCAGACUGGUGAGGAUGAGCUGCCGUCUGAGGAUGACAAUGCUGUCAGAGAGUUCAUGUGCUUCAGGGCAUAUCUGGAUGCUGUGGAUUCUUUCAAUGACUGGUUUCAACAUUUCCACCAUGGUAAACCCCCUAAACCAGACAUUGUGCCCAGCUCUAACUUCUCAGAGAGAGUGGCGUUUGAACACAGGAUGAAGCAGUACGAGGCAGAAGUGGGAAGGUGGAAACACAACCUGGCUGAACACACCAAGACUGCAAAGGACAGGAUGUACAAUGUUCUGUUGUUUCCAGAAGGCUGGCUUAUAGAUCUUAAAGAGAGUGGUGACGAGGGCCGUGUGAGUCAGCUCCAGUCCCUAAGGACACUCUGUAUCCCAGUCCUGUGUUUUCUGCUCCAUACUGUCCUUCACAACAGUCAACUCUAUACCCAGUGCUUACAAUUGGCUGAUAUAAUUGCAGCAGAAGACAGACAGCUGUAUAAAGUGUUUCAGAAGGAACAGUUGCAGAAACUAUUAAGAAGUUUGCAGGAAUCUUCUGUUGGCCUGUUGAAUCAAAACUUAGACCCUCUUGGAUAUGAGAUGUUGUGAAUGUGAUCCUUGUAGGGAAGAUAACUAUUGACUCAUUGGAAGAAAUGCAGGCUUAGAUGAGGGAUCAAAGGGAAAAUUUUGUGAGAAUCCUAAAUGCCAUUGUCUGAUCAGGAUGUGUCAGAUUGCAUAUAAAUGUUAAAUAAUACAGGAAAGGCCAGCAAUUUCAUGCCACGUCACAAAACAAUUCAUACAGACAUUUUCUGAAUAUUUCCAUCAGAACAUCAACCAGUUUAAUCCAUAUUCAUUUGUAAAUUAAUAAUAAAACUGAAUUUGUUACACA